CCUUUCUUUUCCUCUUAUUAUUUUCUUAGGGCAGAGCGAAACCCUAAGCUCCUCCGCCGCCCCGUCGUCGAGAUGUCAGCAACCGGCGCGGACACCAAGCCGGAGGAGGGGGAGACCGCUGCCGUGGCGCCCGCCGCUGGGGAGGUCCUAUACUGCGGGGGUACCAACUGGGACAUGCUGGGCCGGAUGGGGGCCCCCAAUGCUGCGAACCUCGUUUCCCCCACCAGGCUUCGCCCGCUCGUCGGCGUCGACAUUCGCUUCGUGGCAUCUGGUUGUAGACGGAUGUGCGUUGUCCUUAUUUCAAAACGCUUGUUCUCCCCCCCCAGGCUUCGCCCCAACGCUGCCGUGACUCUUUUCUCUCCUUUUACCCAUAUUUCAAAACGCUUGUUGUCCUUAUUCGGAGAAAACGACGCCAAAAAGGCUCCGUCCACAGUGAUACAAAGGACGUUUAUGAUGCCUUUAAAACUUUUCAUUUUUAGAAGAGUUUUUAACUUAAAAUUGAAGAAUAACUUAGAGUGAAUAUUUUAUGGUUUGAUAUUUGAACUUAUAUACAAUGCAGCGUGUUAUUUGUUUUUUUUACAUCUCUAACCUAUACCUUGUCCCGAAGUGAAGAACUCAAUGCUUCAUUUCUGGUUGCGGUCAGAUGGAGAUAUCAUUGUGUGGACCAUGAUGUCAGAAUACUUGCUACUCAGUUUUUUACUAUUCCAUCAUGGAGAUAUUGUGACUUAAGACUUGAGCGGUGCAAUCUUAUGAAGACCAUGAUGUCAGAACAGGACGAAGGCGCGGGUGUUUGAAUUCACCAAUCCACGUCAACUCUGCCAGUCCGUUCUCCUCCGUCUCCUCCAUUCCCAUCUUCGCCGCCGACGGGCCAUCCGAGCCUCUGCCUUCUCAAUCAGAUCCAUCUGACGAUAAUGCUGAUUAAUUGUUCCCACUGCCACACCCUGCUGCAGCUACCGCCGGGGGUGUCGUCCGUGCGAUGCACCAUCUGCAAGUCCAUCUCCUACGUGUCCAAUUCUUGGGGCGUCCCAGCGCCUCCGGAGGCUUCUCAUCCCCUUCUGCCUCCUGGCUCCCUCCCGCACCCAUCGCCAUCGUCGGGGCUAUCGCCGCCGCCGAAGUCGGGUGGCGGUGAGCUAAAGAACGCGGUGAUUUGCAGGGUCACGGAUCGGGAUGGCGGGGCUAUCGCCGCCACCGAAGCCGGGUGGUGGUGAGCGAAAGAUAGCCCCGCCGCCGAAGCCGGGUGUCAGUGAGCGAAAGAAAGCGGUGAUUUGCGGGGUCACGGAUCGGAACACGCCAAACGAGCUUAUGGGGUGUAUAAAUGAUGCCAAGUGUAUGAAGUACCUCCUCAUCAAUCGCUACAGCUUCCCAAAAUCCAACGUCAUCAUGCUAACAGGUACUACUAUGAUCUUUCCUAUCACCAUUCACAACAACAGUUGAUCAAUCGGUCUCUCUCAAUUUGGUUCGUUUGGUUCCAGCCAUAAUCAUUGUGAGCAUAAUCCCUUAUAUAAGCUUCUGUUUCUGAGGUCUUUCCUAGAAAUUGACGUCAUCUAUACGAAGCAUGUUAGUGGACGUAGUUGUAAACGUGCAGUUUAUCUAGAGCUUAAACUCUGGAUUGGUUGUGGAUCUACCAGAUAAAUAUCAAUUACCCAGGUAAUUCGCUAUGCAGAUACCCGGUUCAUUAUUUCAAAAAAAGGGGAAAUUAUAGUUGAAUUGGCACCCCUAACAUGAAUGAUUAGAGCUUGUAAAUCUUCUUCCUCUGUUGGAUUUUUCAAGGAUUGCCUCUUGAUUGGUGGACUUAGCUAGGACAAUGGUGAAUGAAUAUUAAGAUGUUGCAUAUCAAAAGGAAGGGAAAAAGACAUGGGACUGGUGCCUAUGAACUGAAUCAUGAGUUGCGAUCAUAGAUCGGAAUGCCCAGAGAGCUAGUAGAUAAUUCCAUGAAUCAGAAUGUUUAUCAUUAGUUUAUAACAAAGGAAGAAUUUGUUCAAAGAGAUGCUUAUGGCCGUGUAUGUAUGUUCAUCACUUCCAUAAUCUUGAUUCUUUUUCAACCAUUAUGGCAUCAGAUUGAUAAUUUUGUGCAGCAAAGCAAUCCAUAAUCUUUUUUUGGUAAGUACAAAGCAAUCCAUAAUCACUUUAAGUGGUGAAUAAAGCAGCUUUUUUCAUUAAUUUUGCAAAAGAUAAUUGUGCUUUUCUUGGCACAUCUGCUUUGAUGCAAAGAUGAGUAUUGUAGACUAUCUUGCUUCGAUGACAUUUAAGCCCAUUUUAAACUUUAUGGCAUAUACAUUUUCAUUGUAAUUUUUAAAUAGAAACCUGUACUUGUUAAGCCAGUUCCUACUUGUCACCUGGAAUUGUUGUAUCCUUGUUUCCUAAGAUAUGAGAUUCUUCGAGCGGUUGAAGUCUAUCACAACAAGUAGAAAAAGUUAAUGGGUCCUAGUUCGUUAUGUUAAUGGGUCAAUGCAAUGGUGUAGUCUUCUUUGAUGCAUGCUAGAGAAAGAAAUGGCAUAUUGAUGGAAGAAAAAUCUCACACACCAAUGUCAAAGAAAUCGAUAAACCGUCAGAAGAUGUUUCUCAAUGUCAGUCAAAUAAAGCAAAACAGAUGUAAAACAUGUGCAUAAUCAAUGACAACAGAAGACACUUCAAGUGCAAGAGAGAAGGUACACAUUACGGAGAAAAAGGUUUUGCAUAAAGACGAGCAUUAAAGUAUGUUCUGUAUGGACAAUUACCGCAACUUGUCUUUCUCUGCUCAGACGAGCGUUAAAGGAUGUUCUGUGCUUGAAGAUGUAAAGUGGAUGCUUCUGAAGUGGUGUCCUCCGAAUGCUAAUGCUGUUAAAGUAUGUUCAAUGGGCUGUUGCUUCUGGUGUUUGGAACGUGACACCACUGACUUCGUGGUAGGGUGUUUAAGGGAGGUUUUUGGUUCACGGGAUGAAGAGUGCAGUGUGGACGUUCCUCUUAUGUUGCGGCGAGAGGCUGUUGUUCAGCAUUCUGUCUUCAGUUUUGUCUCAAUACAAGUUAAUCUUCUAAGAUUGCUGGUUGAUGAUGUCUUCCGUUCAAACAAAUGUCUGAGUCUGCGGUCUAAAAAACGCUGCAGCACUGCUAGAUGAAAUGAAGCUCUUGGGUGAAGUUCCAAGCAAGCCAAGUGCAAGAAAGGUGUUAAAUUCUGAGCUUUGGCAUGCCUGUGCUGGACCACUUGUAUCAUUGCCUCAACCUGGCAGCCUAGUAUACUAUUUUCCACAGGGACACAUUGAACAGGUGACUUCUUCGACUAGAAAAAUGGCAAACUCACGGAUUCCUUCCUACACAGAUCUCCCAUCUCAAUUUAUGUGCCAAGUUCGCAAUGUUACACUACAUGCUGACAAGGAGACGGAUGAAAUAUAUGCUCAGAUGACCCUUCAGCCAGUAACUUCUGAAAAUGAUGUCUUUCCUAUUCCAGAUCUAGGUCAUACUAGAUGUAAGCACCCAACUGAGUUCUUCUGUAAGAUUUUAACUGUAAGUGAUACUAGCAAACAUGGUGGAUUCUCAGUACCUCGAAGGGCUGCUGAAAAGCUAUGUCCACAGUUGGAUUAUUCAAUGCAACCUCCAAAUCAGGAACUUAUCGUCAGGGAUUUGCACGAUAACUUGUGGACAUUUCGACACAUCUAUCGUGGACAGCCGAAGAGACAUCUUUUGACCACUGGAUGGAGUCUGUUUGUGGGUGCAAAAAAGCUUAAAGCUGUUGAUUCUGUUUGUUGGUUCAGGUUCCAUUUUAACUUUUGGAAAAAAAAAUCAUCACCAGAAACUAAUGAAAUGUGUAGUGCAUGCAGGGAUGAGAACUCGCAGCUACUCUUGGGUGUUAGAUGUGCCAACCGUAAACUAACAGCCCUGACAUCAUCUGUACUUUCCACUGACAGUAUGCAUAUUGGUGUCCUUGCUGCAGCAGCUCAUGCUGCGGCAAGUAGGAGCCCAUUCACUGUGCUCUAUAAUCCUAGAGCAUGUCCUUCUGAGUUUAUAAUUCCUAUGACCAAGUAUCAUAAAGCUGCAUAUACCCAGGUAUCAAUUGGGAUGAGAUUUGGCAUGAUGUUUGAAACUGAGGUGUCAAGUAAACGCAGAUACAUGGGCACAAUUGUAGGUAUCAGUGAUUAUGAUCCUGUCAGAUGGCCUAAUUCAAGGUGGCGAAACCUGCAAGUGGAAUGGUAUGAACAUGGUUAUGGAGAAAGACCUGAUAGGGUCAGCUUAUGGGAAAUUGAAACCCCAGAAAGUAUUUUUGCAUUUCCUAAUGUAACUUCAAGUUUAAAAAGACAAUGUCUUCCUGGAUAUGUAGGUCCUGCAAUAAACAAUCAGUUUGUAAAUUUGAACCCAUUUACAAAUCCAACUGAAGAUGGAAAUGUCGACACACAGCACUUCUUCGCUGGUUUUGGGUCAGAAAAUUUUUCGAGGCUUCUUAACAAGCCUUGUAAUCCUAAUUGUGAUGGCCUGCUUGGACAUCACCAGUCCAUAUAUGCCGGUAUUUUGCAGAAUGUUAGAAGCUGUGAACUCUCAAGAAGUUUCUCAGUUAUGCCAGCACUGCAUACAAUGGGAAGUUCUACUCAGCGGGAAGUAGUCACCACAGCAGCAAUGCAGCAGAAACAACAUUUCUCUACAGCUGAAAAUGCUGCAACUUCCUCUGCAGAUUUAUCUUCGAUGGCAAAUCCCAACAAUUUUGAGCCCACAGAGACAUUUCAGCUCUCUUGCAUUUCGGAAUCUGGAACACCCCAGUGCAUCACAACAGAUAUUCAAGAAUAUUUUGGCACACAAUUAAACUCUCUAGGUGAUGAGCUGCUUGUCCAAGGCAUCCUUUCAUCUGAGGUUCACGACUUGGAUGUUCAAGGAGACUGCACUGUGUUGCAGGGUGUAUCUAACUCAUAUGGGAUAAUGGACUUGCUCGAGGAGUGUAACAACCAGGGUGAGACAAUUGGCAAUCUCCAUCUUGACCCUAGCAAUGAAAGCAUGGAUAUGGGCCAUGUUCCAGGUGCAGUCAUGGACGGCCUCAGUCCAAUAGGUUCUUCCAGGUUUCAAAUUCCUUCUGUGAUGCCAGUUUGUAAUUUCACUUCAAAUCAGGAAUCAGUGUCUCACAUUACUUCAACAAGAAUGACAGACUCAGUAUUCUCGCUACAAGACGUCCCUGACAGCUCUGCAGGUACAUCAUCUGCCAUCAUAGCUAUGAAUGAUUGCAGCUUAUACCAAGGUUCCCGGAAGCAAGCAUGUCAACAACCUUUAAGAACAUACACUAAGGUUCAAAAAGUAGGAUCUGUUGGAAGAUCAAUUGAUGUAACACGCUUUAGUAAUUAUUAUGAAUUGAGAUCUGCAGUCGCCUGCAUGUUUGGAUUAGAGGGACAACUGGAUGAUCCACGUGGUUCAGAAUGGAAGCUUGUUUAUAUUGAUUACGAAAAUGAUGUUCUUCAGGUUGGGGAUGAUCCUUGGGAGGAGUUCAUAAACUGUGUCAAAUGCAUCAGAAUUCUAUCACCUUAUGAAGUGCAGAAGAUGAGCCAGGAAGGCAUGCAGCUGAUGGAUGGUUUUGCAUGUACCAUCAAGUAGAAGGAAAGGCACCUCUCGAGACAUUGCUCGCGAUAACCAUGCAACUCGGAGAAUGAAGCAAAGACAUCUAAUGUUUCCCAGUGAACUAUUUGUAUUUUUUUUCUCUCCCCUCCAUGUUGUAUAUUAUUUGCUCUUUUUCGUUCAAGUGAGAAAAUGUUAUGUUUAUUGAAAAGCUUCAUGUAAUGAAGCAUAAAUCUCGCGAUCACUUGAAGCCCAUAAAUGAUGGAUAUUGUAUGGAAUGUAAAACCUAAAGGGUUUAAUUGGUGUGGGUUUUAG